UGUUUAAGUACAGUCGCAUUUAGUUGGAGCUGCAGGAGAGAGACAGAGAGAUUCUGUGUUUACAGCCAGCGCAGGCUACAGCGAGCAUCUAACCUGGCCCCCCUUCUUCCAGCACUUGAAGGGGAGAGUGCGAGGCUAUUUGGGAAUCUGGCCACCGCGGGUCAGCUUUCUCUGCGACUGGAUUGUCAGAGCUGGUAGAGCAGAGCCCAGGGGGACUGAAGGGAGACACAAAUCCCAUUUUAUUUGAGAGGGGAAGAGGAAGAAGGAAAAAAAAAAAAAAAAAGAAAAGAAAUUGAGAGAGCAGAGAGAAGCGAAGAGACGGAGAAAAAGACAGAGGAAGCAGAGCGAGUGAGAAAGAAGCAUGAGGACCUACUGGCUGCACAGUAUCUGGGUGCUGGGAUUCUUCUUGUCCCUCUUCUCCUUGCAAGGGCUGCCAGUCCGCAGCGUGGAUUUUACCCGAGGUACCGAUAACAUCACCGUGAGGCAGGGGGAUACGGCCAUCCUCAGGUGUUAUGUAGAAGACAGAAGCUCCAAGGUGGCCUGGUUAAACCGUUCCGGCAUCAUUUUUGCUGGAGAGGACAAGUGGUCCCUGGACCCUCGAGUAGAGCUGGAGAAGAGAAACCCCCUGGAGUACAGCCUGCGGAUCCAGAAAGUGGAUGUCUACGAUGAGGGGUCCUAUACGUGUUCAGUGCAGACACAGCAUCACCCCAAGACUUCCCAGGUUUACUUGAUUGUGCAAGUUCCACCAAAGAUCUCCAAUAUCUCCUCAGACAUCACUGUGAAUGAGGGCAGCAACGUGACCCUGGUUUGCAUGGCAAAUGGACGUCCGGAGCCUGUCAUCACCUGGAGGCACCUCACCCCAACAGGCAGAGAGUUUGAAGGUGAGGAAGAGUAUCUGGAGAUCCUGGGGAUCACGCGAGAGCAGUCGGGCAAGUACGAGUGCAAAGCUGCCAACGAGGUUGCUUCAGCAGAUGUCAAGCAAGUCCGGGUCACUGUGAACUACCCUCCCACCAUCACGGAGUCCAAGAGCAAUGAAGCGGCCACGGGACGACAAGCCUUACUCCGGUGCGAGGCAUCAGCAGUGCCCACACCUGAUUUUGAGUGGUACAGGGAUGACACCAGGAUAAACAGCGCCAAUGGUCUGGAGAUAAAGAGCACGGGGAGCCAGUCUCUGCUGAUGGUGGCCAACGUCACUGAGGAGCACUAUGGGAACUACACCUGCGUGGCUGCCAACAAGCUGGGAGUCACAAACGCCAGCCUAUAUCUUUACAAACGAGUUUUACCCACACUCCCCAACCCUUUUCCAGGACCUGGCACGGGGAGAGUAGACAACGGCUCCAUGAGUUUGGCCGUCCCACUGUGGCUGCUGGCAGCGUCCCUGCUCUGCCUACUCAGCAAAUGUUAAUACAAAUCAGAAUUAAAAAUAAUAAUAAUAAUAAUAAUUAAAAAAAAACAAACAACAACCAACACGACAACGACGACGACGACAACACACAAAGCAAAACGCGUUAUACAGGAGACAGAGCGAAGAGAGGGGAGAGAGAAAAAAAGAGAGGGGGAGAGAGGGAGAGGACCGUUUCUUUCACAACUUUUGUGUGUUCAGGAGCAAAGAGGGGGGAGAGGAAAAAUCACAGCAAAGACGACUCAGCAACAUUUAAUACGAUUUCUGACAAGCCGGCCGUCAAGUCACCGACCGUCUAGGAGGCAACACAAAGCGAGGGGGAGAAUGGGGCACCAGCAAGGAGCUCGUUGCCGGAGGAUGCUGCAAAAUAAACACACCAACAAAACCUGCAAAGCCAAUCGAACAGAAGAUCCCUUUUCUUUUCUCUCCUCCUUCCUCUUUUCCAUACUCCCUCACCUGCCUUCCUUCCUUCCUUCCUCCUCUUUCUUUCUUUUGCAGAAAGAGGUCUUUGCUUCAGCGUCUGUAGCCACUUAGUUAACUUUUUGGAUGCUCUUGGUCAUUUUUUUGAGCCAAUGCUCAGGCAGUUCAUACUUUUAGGAAAAAAAAAAAAAAGGAAAAAAAAAAAACACAACAGAGCAAGUUAUCUGAAGCUCUCUGCACACUGGUGUCCCGUGAAGAACCCCUUCCUCUCUUCACCUCAUCCUGUGCUCCUGUGCACUGGGCCCUUGCUAAAAACCAUCCUUCCUGUACCCUCCUUCCUGCAACAUCACGCUCUGGCCUGAACUAAAGUUGUGUCAAUUCAACCGAAACCAUACUUUUAUUUCCUUUUUUUUUUUAAUUCUCUUCCUCUCCCCCUCAAUUUGACUGUGUCUUUCUCUUUCUCCGGUGUAUGCCUGCGUGCGUGCGUGCAUGCGUGCAUGUGUGUGUGUGUGGCUCUCGCGCUCUGUCUCCUCUUUCUCUUUCUCCUGCUCUCUCUAAGCAUGCAAGAGGAACAGUCCAUGUGUACAUACGCUCAUCCCGCUGUAGAUAAUGUCCUGCCUUGUAAGUGUGAGACCAGAUGCUGAGAGAUCACUCGGGCAGAGAAGAGGGGUGAGGAUAGA